AUGCCAGAACACGGUCAGGUCUUGCAGUCUCGAGUGGUCCGCCGCAGAAACCCACGCCCCAUUAACUCGUGUGUCGAGUGUCGGACACGCAAGUCGCGAUGCUCCAAAACGCAUCCCUGCCAAAACUGCACAGCCUUCGGACGCGAAUGUAUCUUCAUCACCGUCCCUGAAAGCGCGGCGCGCAAGAAAGAGAGGGAGCAGAGAGAGCGUGCGCAGAGCAAGAGCGGUUCUGGUGUAACCAUCCCGGAUUGGACCAAGAAUCUCCCUGUGCGCACGCAGAGUGGCGCCAGUUUGCCCGAUGGGUACGACAACGCGAACUCUGUCGACACCACCACGCCGGGAACGCCGCCCCGCGACUAUGAGUGGGAAGCCUACCAGCAAGAUGUUGAGCCCGAGACAGACGCCUGGGAGAGGCUGCCUGCGGAACCCGAGGAGACGCAGGAUGAUGUGUACGAAGAUGAGGACGAUGACGAAGAUCAGAUUGCGACGGAUCUCACGAUUCGAAUCGGGCGGAUGAUUAUUUGUGAAAAUGUUACUGGUUUCUUCCGUCCCCAGUAUGCCGAAGAGGUACUUUCUGCCCUAUCCACGUCUCUCGGCAAGCUGUUGUCUGAGAGCACCACACCGGCCGCGUCAGUCGCAGGCCAAAGGGCAACGCAGUCGUCGGCUCUCCUAUCAGCCGAACAAAUGCCGUCGCUCGCACCGUCUCUGAAUCUACUCCUUGGUGGUUCGCUUUCUGUGCACCAAGGUAAUGAUGUUCAAGCCCCGCAGUUGCCGACCAAGAUGGAGGCAGAAGCCCUAUUCCAGCGGUAUACCGAGGCUGUCAGUCCACUGGCCCAUGUCCUGCAUUUGCCAUCCUUCAAGCGACUAUUUGAACGCUUCUGGAUGAACAUUGAAAUCGGGAAUCCAAACCAGAACUCAUGCACUGCCUUGAUCUUGGCCGUCUGUAUGGCCGCAGCCGCGUCUGUCUCCCCACUGCAAGCCAAGUCGCAGUUUGGCAUUACCAAAGAGGACCUGUUCCUGAGGCUGCAGAAAGCUACUGAGCGAGCAUUACUGCGCGCGAAUUGGGCGAAGACGUCCAACAUAAGGACUUUACAGGCCUUGACAAUCUAUCUUAUCCCACUUUGUCGUGCGCAAAUCUCCCGAGCAACAUCUGUUGUAGUCGGCGCCCUGGUUCGUCUGGCUCAGUGCAUAGGCAUACACCGCAUGAGCCACAGCUCGGCCAACAGUCUGACACCAUUACAACGGCACGUGCGAUCUCUCCUCUGGUACCAGAUCUGCUUUCUGGACUUUAAGACAGCAGAGGCCCAAGGUCCCCAUCCCUCGAUACGCGCCGAUGACUUUGACAUUGCUCUGCCUCUCAAUGUCGACGAUGAUGUCUUCGAGUUUGGUAGCCCAAGCUGGCAACAGCAUCCAACUUCCACAAACGGAUGGUCGGACGUUACACUGUCACUAAUUCGGUAUGAAUGCAACGAGAUCCAUCGUCUCAUAUUCCGUGGCAGGAUUGAAAUGGAUCGCAAGCACAUUACCUUGCACGAUCUACGUGCCAGGGUCGAAGCAAAGAAGCGUCAGAUCCAGUCAAAAUACCUCCAGUAUCUCGACGCCAACGUCCCUAUACAACGAUACGCGGGCCUAGUAGCGACCCUUCUCAUGUCACGCUGCGAUUCGAUGCUCCUCUACCGCCAUCUGCCCCAGACAUCCCUCCAGCCGCGUUCAGACUCUGAAAAUCGGCUCCGCGAUGUGCUCCUCGCCGCAGCUCUCACAACACUCGAGAUAGGUGCGACACUAGACACGCUCCCCUCGCUCUCAUCUUGGGCCUGGUAUUCGACAACGUACCAACAAUACCAUGCUGUUCUACUUCUCCUCACCGAACUCUACCGCACGCCCGAUCUGCCCCGCAAAGAGCGCAUGGCCACCAUCAUCGACCACAUCUUCGGGCAUUGCUACGGCGUAGGUGUGCGAGAACGCUGUUCAGACCUGCUCUUUACCGUAAAGGAAAAUCUAGAAGCCUUUUACGUGAUGAAAGGGUUCAAUAAAAAACGCCAACAUGUCGCUCCACAGCAACAUCCUACUUUGCAGCCUCUGCCCUCGUUCGGCGGCCCUAGUGGUGGCUCCGUCACAAGCCCGUCAUUUGGCGCGCAACAAACGCCACCGCAUAAUAUCCACAGUCAGCUGCAGAGAACGCCGACAACGGGAACACUCGACGGUCUUAAUGUCGAUUUUGACAGUAUCCUCGGGAGUUUGAAUGGCGGCGGCGGCGGCGGCGCAGAGGAUUUCGAUGUGUGGAGUGCCAUGGGUGGUGCAGCAGGCCAGCAGGAUACAGGCGCCAUUUUCGUACCUGUCGAUACGGCGGCGCAUCACAACGAGUUUGGGACUAGGAGUCCAAACGGCGGAUUGCAGCAGUGGGAGAACUGGAAUUUUCCGUCUCAACAGCAGAAAUACGAGCAGUGAUGUGUGGACCCGGCGUAAUCAGAAGAUUCUUACGUCGGUGUAGUCGCCAGACCACGCCAAGAUUGAUUACAGCUUGUUCACGGUGGGACGCACGACUGUUCCUCCACUGUACGACUGCUCGAUGCUCGCACAAAAAGUACAUAGAAUUGACACAAUUGCAUGCGAGUAAUAAAAAAACUGUAUUAAGA